AUGAAGGAUGACCUGAGGGGACAGGAGGUGGCUUCGGGUAUCCAGGGCCAGGCGCCCACCGGUGAGGGCUGGACACUGCUGACCACUCCAUUGCAGGGUUAUCACAUGCGUUGCGUGGGCAUUGGGACCUUACAGCCCCGGGCCCGGAAGGGAAAACGUGUCAUUGAAGACUUCCAGGAGGGGCCUCAGCUUCCACACACAUGUUUCUGGGUUUUCUUUUGUCUUGGCAGUUUGGUGACUCUUAUUCGGCAUCCAUCAGAAUUAAUGAAUGUUCCGCUUCAUCAGCAACAAAACAAAUGUACAACGUUAGUGAAAAACAAAACUGCUGCUGCCACUACUGCUUUGCAGUUCACCUACCCACUGUUCACAAGCGCGUGCUCCACCGGCGGGAACUCCAGCCUUGCCCAGACACAGAGCUCUAGUAAUUCAUGUUCUGUGCUGGAAGCUGCCAAGCAUCAGGAUAUUGGACUGCCUAGAGCAUUUUCGUUCUGUUACCAGCAAGAGAUUGAGUCCUCUAAGCAGACUUUAGGUAGCAGGAACAAAGCUUUGCCCGAGCAGGUCUGGAUUAAAGUGGGAGAAGAAGCGCUAUGUAAACAAGCCAUAAAUAAGAGGAAUCGGAGUAGGAUCCGUCAGCUGGACACAAGUAUAGAACGGAGAGCCCUGGGAGAGAUCCAGAAUGUGGGUGAAGGCACCACAGCGGCACAGGGUGCCUGGCAGUGCUCAGAAUCCUCCCAGUCUACCCUGGGGGAGCCGACGCAGAGCGGCCCCCAGGGAGGAAGGUCUCAGCGUCGGGAGAGGCAUAACCGAAUGGAAAGAGAUAGAAGGCGCAGAAUCCGAAUUUGCUGUGACGAGCUGAAUCUUUUAGUUCCGUUCUGCAACGCAGAGACAGAUAAGGCAACAACCCUUCAGUGGACCACGGCCUUCCUGAAGUAUAUUCAGGAAAGACACGGGGAUUCUCUUAAAAAGGAAUUUGAGAGCGUGUUUUGCGGUAAAACUGGCAGAAGGCUAAAGCUGACCAGACCGGACUCCUUGGUGACCUGCCCGGCACAGGGGAGUCUGCAGAGCAGCCCCGCGAUGGAGCUCAAGUGACUGGACUGAACCGGGACCUGGGGUGCACGGCACUCCUGCGGGACCGCGCCCAUGUUCUUCGUUCCUGGAGCCCCUCUCUGACGGCCCACCUUGAAAAGGGACAUGCUCUGGCGAUGGGACUCCAGCAGGGACGUUGAGAGCACAUUUUGUGAAAGUAUGUAUCUAAAGCAAAAUACGUACCCAUGAAUGUCCUAAUGACCAUUUGAGGAUAAAGACAUCUUGAUAAUUUGUAAGUAAUUUUUCAAUUAUCUGUCUGAUUUCCAUCAUGUGUUCUUAACAUGAUAGCUUAAGAAAUUAACAUCCUUUGCCAUUUUUUUUAGUCUUAACAAGACUAGAGAAAACAUUUCUUUUUACUUAUUUUAUUUAUAUUUUAAAUAUGCCCCUUUAGCGAUUGGAAAUGUAAAUUGUUAACUAGUAGUUUGGAGAUUUUAUUUCAUGUGUUGUAUCCCUCCCCGCUGUAACGCUCCCCGUCUCAUGGUACUAAAAAGUACAGCACUCUUCUGAAACAUUUUGCAAAAAAUUUUCCAGAUACUUCUUUAAAGGUACUUUUGUCCAUAAAUAUUUUCUCAAUAGAUGCUUACAUGCUCAUAUUUUCAUAUUGUGAUUCAUUACUUUAUGUGAAAUAAACUGUGUUUGGAACUGA